UAUCAACGUAAAAGCUGUCGCAGCAAUAAUAUACAUCGUGAAAAUUGCAAAUUCCUCUCGUAACAGUGAUUCAUAGUAAACACUGCCACGUAAUAAAAUGUGUACUAAAACAUUUACGAUCACGUAAACAAUGGUUAAUUAUGCAUCAUGGAAUCCUUGACCAUGGACAUUGAACUGAACCGGUUCAAAGUACUUACUGAAUCGGCACGAUGCAUCCUUUCGCUUGUACGCAGCGCACAUCUGCCAGAAACAUCUUUAACGUUGGAACGUGUAGCAGCUUUACUCUUACAUUCAACUUGAUUCGCCAACGGGCUUAUGAGGAUUCUCCAAAGUCGUCGAAGUCGUAAGGAUAGAUGAAUUUAGAAAAGAGGCGGAGCAGAAUUGAAGGAGGAUGAAGGGGAUGGCAUGGCUCAGCUUAUUCAAGAAUAUUCAAGCGCAUCAGUCAAGUUCAAACCGUUCGGACUGUCAAGUAGAGUUGAAGUUUACUUCCGAGCUCUUUCAAAUUCGUUAGCCUUUGACGUACAGUGAUCACAGGACGCGAUGCUGUUUACGACAGAUAAAUCACUGAUGGUAAAUCCGAAAAUGGAAUAUCCUUCGACGAACUUCUGGGUAUUUUUCACUGUUGAAUUUUUGAUGGGCGUGCUUCUAUCUGGUUUUUUAGCUAUUCUCAAAAUAGUGAAGUCAUCGUUGCCAAAACCGCCGAGGGAUUUGACCGGAGAUGUAGUCGUGAUAGCAGGCGCCACAUCGUCUCUUGGUGAAUCACUCGCGGGAGAAUUCGCGAGGAAUCGGUGCACCGUGGUUUGCAUGGAUAAUGACUCGAAAUUGGUAGAUGAAACAGUCUGCAGACUACAAAAAAAUUAUCACGCGAUUCAGGAAAUUCCGCCUAAACACAAAACAGACGAUUCAUUGGAGCAUGAUGCAACGAUUAUACCUUAUCGCUGUGACUUACUGGACAAAAAUGAUAUACGAAGAACAGCGGAAAAGAUCAAGGAAGACGUUGGAAGAGUCGAUAUCUUAAUUACCUGUGUUGGUAAUCCUAAUCAGGAUAUCUUUGAUACGGCUAGCAGGACCCUGAUGAGUCAUUUUUGGACAGUCAUGACGUUUUUACCACUAUUGUUGUGUCGUAAACGGGCUCACAUUGUCGGUGUAACUCCAGUUGUAUCGAACGAAGACGCGUACCAUGGUUCUAGAGCAGCGAUAGCUGGUCUUAUGGAAAGUCUCUGGGAAGUAUUAGGCAAUCACAGCGGUCAGCUAACAUUCCUCGCGUUCUCGCCAAUCGCACAAUGCAGAACGUUGAAGCAAAGCGAGGAACGGAUAGCUCGUAAUAUUGUGCGAGCAGUCAGAACGGAUCAGAGCACUUUAAAUAGCAGCUGGAUCUCCAGAUUUUUAUAUCAAACAAGUUGCGUGAUUCACUAUGGAAUAACGUUGCUCACACAAUGGAUCCAUUCCCACCGAUGCGGCGAUUCUCGAUAAAUGUUAUUUUCUACUUGA